AUGAGGUUGAAAGGCACCCCAUCUGACCUCCAUUGUUCCCAGGAACCUCCUGGUGUUGGACAGUUCACUGCUACUAUAUCCCACAGUUCACUCAUCAACAACCAGUGGGUCCUGUCAGCUGCUCACUGCCAGAAAUCUUAUACACAAUUGAGGAUGGGAGAGUACAACAUUGAUUUGAAGGAAGACAGUGAACUAGUCAGGAGUGCAUUAAUCAUUCACCAUCCUAGAUAUGAUUCAAGAAGCCUUGAUAACGACAUUAUGUUGAUCAAGCUAGCAACCACCAUUGACUACAGUGCUGACAUUCAACCCACAGCUCUGCCCAUCUCCUGUGCCAAGGAGGGUCCUGAGUGCCUUUUUCAGGGUGAGGAAACACACUGA